AUGGCCGACGCAGACGAAGAGGCCAUUCGUGCCACUUCGACAGAGGCCCCGCAGAUCGAGACCGAUCUGUCCGACGAGACCCAGGACUUCCGUCUGCUCAACCACCUCAAUUUCCUGUCCGACACAUCCUCCUCCAGCCUCCCCCGCCGCGGCGAAAAGGAUUUCGAGCCCAAUCCGACCGAGUUCCAAGCAGAUGUCCUCGCCGCCUCGCGUGGAGCGAUGCACAAUGCGCUCGGCCACCCGCGCAUUCACCAUCCCAAGACCCAGGUAAUCGGUAUCUAUGCGCCGGAUGGACCUGCACCUCCACCUGAACUCAAGGUCGAUGAAAAGGGCACGGGCGUCUCGCCCGAGUAUUGCGUCUACGUGCCUGUCCCGAAAGGCCAGUAUUUCAAGACAAUGGGCCGGGCAGAUCGGUGGAACCGCGUGUGGUUGCUUCCCGAAGAAGCGAUGUACUUGAUUGAACGAGGGACUUUGGAUAUCAAGUGGCCGAGCGAGUUGACCGGUAUUGACGAGAACGAUGUGAACGAGCCGGCUAUCCCGAUGAGUAUACAAGCGGCGUAUGCGUGCCUGCUCGGCCGUAGUGGCCUGACACUGGAGCGGUAUACCGUUUUCACCGGAUUGAAACGAUUGGGAUAUGCGGUUACUCGAGCACCGGGCUGGGAUGAUAAUGCCCAAGUGAACGAGUCGAAGAACGAGUCCAACAAGAAAGCUUAUACCCAGCCCCAGCAACGUGGACCGGGUCUUGCCGGUAUCAUUGGACGGUGUUUCAGCUGGCUGGAUGAUCCUUUUGGUACGAGCUCUACGGCGGCUGGUCCCGUCGUGGGGUGCGGUAUUCAUCGAAACUACGCCGCUGUAUACCGGAAACUCGCCAUCAUACCUUGGUACGACCCAGCCGCUGCUGAGACGAGAGAUCCUCUCGACACAGAUGUGCCCUUCCGGGUUGUCUUCCAUGUCUACAAACCCUCGACCCCUAUCAAAAAAUCAGCCUGGCCGGCUCCAGAAUUCCGUAUUGCCGUGGUCAACACACGCGAGCAGACCUCAAUCCCCACUUUAGCACAAGUCGGCGCGCUGCUGGAAAGUACGCCUCUGGACCCGCCCCGGGGCGAGAAGAUGGACCGAUUGAUGUACAUGCGGCUGCGACACGGCUACCGCAACGUUGUUCUCGCGGUCGUCGAUCAGGGCGUCACAAGUUUCUUACGCAUUAGCGAUGCUGCAUUUGGAAAGGAGAAGCUAUACGAGGCAAAGGGUGUUCCGACUGGACCAAAACGCCAUGGAAAUUUCCGGCCGAAGAAGCGGUGA